AUGUUGGCUACUGGAGAAAGACAGUCUGGUAGAGGAGCUAAUCAAAUGAGUGCACUUCAUCGAGCUGGAGCCACUCGUUGGAGCUCUCACUAUGACUCUGUUAGGAGCUUGAUAGAAAUGUAUGGUGCAUCAUGUAAAGUUCUUGAACAUCUCAGUAACGAUGGGGCAAUUGGAUCUAUACGUGGGGAAGCUAGUGGUGUUUGUGCUGCAAUUAUGACCUUUGAGUUCAUAUUUCUCUUGCAUUUGAUUGAUAAAAUCAUGGGAAUCACAGAUUUACUUUGCCAAGCUCUACAACGUAAAUCCUUGGAUAUCUUGAAUGCUUUGAGAUUAGUUUCAACAACGAAAGCUCUCCUUUCCAGAUUUAGACAAGAUGAGUGGGAUACAUUUUUUGAGAAAGUGAAGUUAUUUUGUACCAAACAUGACAUUGAUAUUCCUGAUAUGGGUGGUCGUUAUAGAGUGCGUCGUUCAUGUCAACGACAAGAUCCUAUUACAAUCGAACACUAUUAUCACUUUGAUGUCUUCAAUGAGGUAAUUGAUUUUCAGUUGAUGGAGUUAAAUAGUAGAUUCAACGAGAAAUCAGUGGAACUUCUUACUCUAAGCUCUGCUUUGGAUCCGAGUGAUUCCUUCAAAGCAUUUAAAAUUGACGACAUAUGCAAUCUUGCAAGCAAAUUUUAUACUCAAGAUUUCAGUUCACAAGAAAUCCAUGCUUUGAGAUGUGAGUUGGAGCAUUAUCAGUAUGAUGUAAUACUUGAUCCUGAGUUUCAAAGAGUUUCUACACUUUCUGAAUUAUGUCACAACUUAGUUACGUCAAGAAAGUCACAUAACUAUUAUCUGACUGAGAGAUUGAUUCGUCUAGUAUUAACUCUUCCUGUUUCGACGGCGACUACAGAACGGGCAUUUUCAGCCAUGAAGCAUGUUAAGACAGCUCUCCGUAACAAAAUGGAUGACGAAUUUCUUGCAGAUUGCAUGGUUCUUUACAUUGAACGAGAACUUGCUGAGAAAGUCAAUUUAGAUUCUGUAAUAGAUGAUUUUUAUUCCUUGAAGUCUCGUCGGGCACAACUUCAAUAG